GAAACUGUCAGAGAACUGUACUGCUCGGCGGAGUUUACGGAAAGGCUGCAUAGCGAGCUUAUUUUUCUUGCACAGGCCUUAACUAUUUCUUUUUCUAUCACUGCAUUUCUGGGGAACUUUCUGAUCCUAAUUGCUCUGCACAAGGAAACUUUACUUCAUUCGCCUUCCAAACUCCUGUAUCGUAACCUAGCGAUAGCUGAUCUCUGUGUUGGUAUCAUUACAGAGCCUUUGGCUGUGACUUACUGGACUUCUGUUGUGAACGAAAGAUGGGAUAUUUGCUAUUACGCAUUUUGGGCAGUAUCUUACUCAGGUUUUAUUUUGUGUGCAGUAUCUUUAUUAACAGUGACUGCAAUAAGCGUGGACAGACUUCUCGCCUUGUUGCUGGGGCUCAAAUACAGACAAGUUGUAACCUAUAGAAGAACAUGUAUAACUGUGACUGGUUUUUGGAUUUUGUCCAUCGUCGGUGCAUCUACUCUCUUUUUGAAUCGUCGUAUAACUUCAUGGUAUCAAUACAUAGGUACUCCUUUGUGUCUGGUCACCACAAUCUUCGCUUACACAAAAAUUUUCUGUACUCUGCGUCAUAACCAAAUUCAUGUUCAGAACCAUGUUGCUCAAGGACAACCGAGCCAAGCAAUUCCACUGAACAUAGCUCGAUACAGAAAGGCAGUGUACAGUGUACUGUGGGUGCAAGGAACAUUGGGUAUUUGUUAUCUUCCAUAUACUAUAGCGGUCUUUUUGACACCUCAGAGAGGGAUGCCUUUAUCGAUUUACCUUGCCAGGAAUUUCACACUUAGCAUGGUUUUCUUUAACUCGUCAUUAAACCCGUUACUGUACUGCUGGAAGAUCAGAGAAGUAAGGCAAGCUGUAAAAGAAACAUUAAGGCAACUCUUCUGUAGAUCGAGUUAGUUUCUACGAUUUCCAUCCGUUGAUUCUUGCUCUAUUUAAAACUUGCUUUCAAGGUAAAAUUAUCUGAAUUUAACGCAGUUAACGUUAACUGUAAAUGUAUUGUAUUGUAUUGUAUUGUUGCAGUACUGUUGGAAGGUCAGAGAAAUAAGGCAAGCUGUAAAAGAAACAUUAAGGCAACUCUCCUGUUGAUCGAGUUAGUUUUCUAGGCUUCUAAUUCCAGCUCUCUCUUGCCAGCUCUUAAUUCUACUUGAAUCCUCGUUGAUAUUAAGCGAUUUUUAACUGUAAGUAUAUUAUACUGAAAGCAUAUUUUAUGAAGGCAUGUCACCUGUUCUUUAGGGGCAAGUAUAUUAAUCUUGGACUAAAAAUCCAAAGGUGUUAUCUUUAUUGUUUAGUGACAUGACGUGUAAACAACACGCAAGAGCUUGUUCAUUUACGAAUAAAGAGCUAGUAAAGAAAUAGUGUUCGAGGGCUCCAUUCCUUUGUCUCUUCUCGGCUUCAUUGUUUCCAAUAAUGAUAUUCCAUUUCCAAAAACCUCUUAAUUUCAUCCCAACUACAUUUCUAUCUGUUCUUUCUUGGUGCAAACUCAAAAUAAGUAACAUUAGGAUGCAAAUGAAAGAUACCGAAAGCGCACAUAUUAACAUAAAUGAAAUUUCCUGUCUGAUACUGAUAAAGGCAUCUGUUUAAUGAUUAACACCUACGGGUUACCCUAGUUCUCAGGCUCAUUAGUCCGCGGGGCCUACGUCACCGAAAUGCAUUGAUCAAGAACGCCUAGGAAGACGCCGUACAUGGCAACCUCGUCCCCAGGGCGCUUUUCUCUAGCUUUGGAGGUGGGGAAGAUAGUUGUGCCCUAAGUAAACUACUGUGGGUAUUGACUACACAAUAACAUUUUACAUUUUGCCCAAACACGCACAGUAAUUUUCAAGGCCAAUAACUCCUCUAGUGGGGCUAAUUUAACUCCUUACAGUGGAGUUAUUUUGGGGGGAAUUAUUUUAACUCCAAAAAGGAGUUUAAAGAACUCUUUUUCAGGAGUAAAAGUGACCCCAGAUAUUGAGGAGUUAAAAUAACCCCAAAAAAGGAGUUAUCCUGUACCUAACAUUUUUAAUCCACUUUCAGAGUUAAAUUAACUCCAAAAGGAGUAAAAACAACCCAUGUAAGGAGUAAAAAUAACCCCACUGCAGAGUUAUUUUAACUCCAGACUGGGAGUAAAAAGAACUCUUUGUCAGGAGUGAAAAUGAUAGGCUUGAUUACCAGCCGCUGUUCGGGAAAAUGAGCCCGCACUCAUCCCUCUCAUCUCUCUUCGGGGAGGAUCAAAGACCGGACCCGGGAGACGGUGGAAAUCGAGCCUAUAAAAAUGACGGACCCCAAAUUCGGAGAUAAAUUAGGAGUUAAUAUAAAGUAACCCCAAAAAGGGGUUAUCCUGUACCUAAAAUUUUUACUCCAUUUUUGGAGUCAUAACUCCCCAAAAAUCACUUUACGGUCACAAAAGGAAAACUGUGGCAUGUGUCAGAGGGCAUUCGUUUUUCGCAUUUGUUUACGAAAAAUGUUUCCUUUUGGCGUGAAAGCAAAUCCACACGACCACACUUAAAUGUUUUGCAAGAAAGUGCCACCAUCGUACUAUGUAAUAUACCCGAAAAACCUAGCUUUAUUAUGAUAGGGGUACAAGAACUUUAUCGGUAAGUACUAACUGUAACUGAAUAAUGAAAGGCAAACGGCCGCGAGUUGCAAGUUAGAAUGGAUAUCUUUAUUUUAUACCUAAUUAUUACUGAUAGUUAUGGGGCUCACUCAAUCGAAACCUAUCUCAACCGACCCGAAAAAGACGGGCGUGUUUUUUCUUCACAAUCAGUAUUCGAUUGGUCGCGCUCUCAUUUUUCGUGGAUGGGUGGGGAGGGGGUAAUCUUGAGGGAGGUGCUAACACCGCAACACCGCACAGAAAAACGUAUAAACACCGCACAGAAGAACAUAAGAAAACGGAAAACCGAACUGAAAUUACCCAAAAUUUCUAAAUACCGCAAACCGCUUGGUUUUGUAAAACGGCAAUACCGCAACUUAAAAAUAACAAUUUCCGCAAAUCGCAUCACCGCAAACCCUUACAUCCCCCUCCUGGUAAAGGCCCUAACAGUCGGUAUAAUCGAAUGCUGCCUUCUGGCUUCCUCAGUUGUUUAUUUACGGGUCUAAACGGAGAUGAAAAUGCUUCGAGAGCAUCCCCCAUCAAAGGAAGUACACCUCUCUUCCCCGCGGCUUAUACCGGUACUAAGCUGCUAUAAAAAACUGAGACAUCCGUCAAAACGUCUGAUCAGUAAAGUAAAAAUAAUUGAGGCGCAAAAACCGCUUUUUUUCCAAACGUAAUAUGAGGCAAUUACUUUUUCUUUUAAAAAAAUUUUAAUUUAAGAUGAAGGGUCACCCUGUUUAUUAACCAAUUUCCUGAGCAUCAAUUACACAGUCACUAACAUUUGCAUUUUUCCUAACAAAACUGAGGGUCUUAGAGAACGCUAAUAAGCAUUAGAAGACCUUUGUUUACAGUGGAUCAUUUUUUGGAUCUAUACGAACCUUUACUAGAUAUCAAGCCUCAUGUCGUCGUCCCAAUAUCUGAACACAUACGCUAUAACCCCUCCGGUACCCUCUGUAAGAAAAUAACUUUAAAGAUGAGGGAAUGUUUUUCCUCCUCAUUUAUCCCGCAUUUUAUAUAAGAGUGAUAUAUAAAUGAAGGGUUUGCUUGCACUAAGAUGUUCAUGAUGUUUUCGUCCGUUUUCUUUUUCAUCAUAACGGACCCAAAAUUAAAAGUUGCACUUAUUGCGUUCUAAUUGUUAUAACCAUGUGGGUAUCUAGAAACAGAAUUAAUUCAGUUUUUUCCUCAAAGUUUUGUAGAAAAACUUGAUAAAAAUUAAAACAAAAAGGAUUGACAAAGGUCAUUAUCGCGCAUCCAUAACAGACAACAAAAUUACCGCAGCCCAUUCAGUUUGAUGUGUUUGCCGACUGACAAGACUUCCUCUACUACGGAAAACUCAUUAAAAUCGUCAGUGAGGCUCAUUAAAGUUCGGUGUCAGCUUGAAACACUUCUUCAUUGUUUUUGCUAAACCCUGACUACAACUUUUAAGUUAGAACAAAAUAAAACUCAUGUCCUUUGUUGUUAUUUGAAACGCGGAUCGUGAUAAUUACAGGCGUGAUAUUUACAGAAGAAUUAGCAAAUAAUAACGAUAACGACAACAUAGAGGAUAUUACAUGGCCGCGCGGGGAUUCGAAUUUUGUCUUCGAGUGCUGAAAGUAUCUCUCACUCGUUCGCUUCGCUUUCAGCACGAGAAGAUAAAAUUCGUAUCCCCAAGCGGCCAUGUAAUGUUCUGUUUAUUUUAUAGAUACUGAUGAAAUUCCUACAUAAAACACAACCUUUUUUUUGUUUAUUUUCGAAACAGCAAAAUAGUGCAAUUAAAGUGGUCACCUAUCGCAAAAUGCCCGUCACAAAAAUGUUAUGAAACUCGGAUAUAAAGUUAUAAAGGAGAAAUAAAGACAAUAAUUAAUCAUGUUAGUAACCAUGGUGACACCAAUAUCCACACACGUGAAAGAUAAAUCUUUAUCUUCACUGCGCGCGAUGAAGAUAUGAUUUUUUAGUAAAAGGAAAAAUCCUGAUAUUUCAUCAUGAUCUAUAUAAUAAAAUAAUUUAUUUAACCACGUUAUCGUCUAAGAGCACAAGUGCUCGUUCAAAAGACGAACGUGCAUUAAAUCCUCAUGUAUAAUAACAAUAUCUGGUAUAUAUAUAAAAAAUAAAUAUAUCAUCUAUCAUCUAUGUAUACAUGAAUAUAAAAAAUUACAAAAAUUACAAAAAAAAAAAGAAAUAAAAAAUAUGAAAAUUACGGCUGAAUUGAUCUUAGCUUAGAUUGAAGAAGUACCGAGACAACUUUGCUCGACCUUUCUUGGCCCUGUGAGCUUUUUUCUUUUACGUUUAGUUAAUAGUUUUUGCACGUUUAUGACUCUAUAAAUUACUUCUGAUCAUUAUUUAUUAAUACGCGACAAAUUAACGUAUAUAGCCAGUUUAGGUAAAUAGUUUUGACUGUAAAGAUGUCGAAAUGAUAUCAGCUUUGACCCAAAUUCAAAUACUAUGUAUAAAUAAAACUCGAUCACUUGCAGGUCAUUGCGCCGAAGUGGAAAAUGGCCCCGGAAAAUUUUACUGAAGACGAAAACCAUAAAACUGUCCAAGAACUGUACUGCUCGGCUGAAUUUAGAGGUGUAGAGAGCGAGCUUAUAUUCCUUUCGGCUCUAAAUAUCUUUUUUUCCGUCACUGCAUUUCUGGGGAACACUCUGAUCCUAGUUGCUCUGCACAAGGAAACUUCACUUCAUGCGCCGUCCAAACUCCUGUAUCGUAACCUGGCGAUAACUGAUCUCUGUGUUGGUAUAAUUACAGAGCCUUUGUUUGUGACUUACUUAACUUCUGUUAUGAAAGAAAGAUGGGAUAUUUGCCAUUACGCACAUUGGGCAGUAAGUUACACAGGUUUUAUUUUGUGUGCAGUGUCUUUAUUUACAUUGACUGCAAUAAGCGUAGACAGACUUCUCGCCUUGUUGCUGGGGCUCAGAUACAGACAAGUUGUAACUUUGAGAAGAACAUGUAUAACUGUGACUGGUUUUUGGAUUUUGUCCAUAGUCAGUGCAUCUACUAUCUUUUUGAAUCCUCGUAUAACUUCAUGGUAUCAAUACAUAGGUACAGCUUUGUGUCUGGUCACCACAAUCUUCGCUUACGCAAAAAUUUUCGUUACUCUGCGUCAUAACCAAAUUCAUGUUCAGAGCCAUGCUGCUCAAGGACAACUGAGCCAACCAAUUCCACUGAACAUAGCUCGAUACAGAAAGGCGGUAAACAGUGCACUGUGGGUGCAAGGAACGGUAGGUAUUUGUUAUCUUCCAUAUAAUAUAGCGAUCUUUUUGACACCUCAGAGAGGGAUGUCUUUAUCGAUCUACCUUGCCAGGAACUUCACAGCUAGCAUGCUUCUCUUAAACUCGUCAUUAAACCCGUUGCUGUACUGCUGGAAGAUCAGAGAAGUGAGGCAAGCUGUAAAAGAAACAUUAACGCAACUCUGCUGUUGA